CAAAGAAAGCUGCCGCAAGUACACGGGGAUCCAAAUUUUUUGACUUAUUCUGUAGAUACUUUUUGCAAGAUAAAGGCAGGUUAUUUGCUGAAAUGGUAAUAGCUAGCGAUAUGCAGUGGAAUGUUAUCGUAUCGGGUGAACGAAUUGACACGUUUUCACAUUUUAGUAGCUUCCCACUGUAACCUAUUGAUGCGUAUUUAUGAGUAGUUAUUGAUCGCUAGCUAGCUGGCUAGCUAGCAUUUCAGGUUCUGCCAGUCACACUGAAGACAGUUAGUUAGCUAGAUUAACAUUUGUAGAAGGACCGACAGUUUUAUGUUGUCCAGCUAACUAGUCAGCCAACGUCAGAUAUGCUAGUUGCAUGAUGCUGAUCAAUUUAUUGUUCAUAGCAGACUGACGAGGUACAGUAUCAGCCUACGGUAAUUUAGCUGGCUAGCUAGCUUCAGCCUUUAGCUAGUUAGAAACCAGGGUGGUUAUAAGAUGACAUAUAUGCGCAGCAAUCGAACAAGGUAGUUUUCUUUCUUUCUUUUUUAUUGUUUCUGUUUUUCAUAUGCGAGUAGCAGUAAGCAGGUAGUUGCCUAUCUAGCGAAAAGGCUUAGCUAGUCAGCUAGCUAGGUAGCAUUAUAGUCAGAGAGUCACUGAAAUCUAACCCACCUGCUAGCUAAAUUUGUUGAAUUAAGAUUCAAGAUUUCGCUUGAACUUUACUUUCAAGAUGGAUAAAAAGUCAUUUGACAUCGUCCUGGACGAAAUAAGAAAGUGCGUGCUCACAGAUCAAAGGAUUAAGGCGAUAGAACAUGUGCAUGGGUAUUUCUCCAGCGAGCAGGUGACGGAGAUGCUGAAGUACUUCUCCUGGGCAGAGCCACAGAUAAAGGCAGUGAAAGCUAUGCAACAUAAAAUGGUGGCCAUCCCCACAACCAAAGCGGCGAACAUCCUGAACUGUUUUACAUUCUCAAAGGAUAAACUCAUUGUUCUGGAGUUGAUUGCGCUAAAUAUCUCUGAUGCUCACAAUUACCGGCCGAUCGAGGACCUUUUCCGCAUUCACCUGUCUGAGAAGAAGCGUUGUCGGAGGAUUUUAGAACAGGUUUGCAAAGUGGGAUGCAAGGCUCCGGUGGCCAUGAUCUCAUCCUGCGGGAUGAUCCCAGGAAACCCGUACCCCAAAGGGAAGCCCAGCCAGGUCCUCGGCACCUUUCCUGGGACUCCAGCCAAAAAGGACGGCGAGGAGACUAAUGCAGAAGGAAAGGGCAUCGCCGCCAGGAUCAUCGGGCCCUUUAAACCGUCUCCGUCAACAUACAACCCGCACAGGCCGGUGCCCUACCCCAUCCCACCCUGCAGGCCCCACGCCACCAUUGCACCAAGUGCGUACAACAACGCAGGCUUGGUGUCAGUCGGUGGGGUGAUCACUGCCAGCGUGCCGCCCCCUCCCUACAGUGCCACGCAGAGCUCAGCAGAAAAAGAGGAGAGUGCAAACCCCAAAACCUCCCAGUCUCAGUCUUUCUCUCGACCAGCCAGUCAGCAGAACCACGCCUCUGCCGUCUCUGCCACACCCAUGUCGCCCCACGGCUCCACCCCCUCCACCCCGUCCACACCCAUCCCCUCCCACCAAACAUCAGCCCAGCCCCCUCCCACCACUCCCAUCACCCCUGUCUUCCCAGGACUGGUUCCCUCCCAGACUCCGGGCACCCCUGUCCCCUCUGUCAUCAAAGGCCCCCCUUUGCCUGCCACCUCCUCAAGCCUCACCCCCACUCCCAGCGGGCAUUCCACCCCCAUCCCCCAGGGGUUUUCAGGAAUGCCCCCUUCCGUGACCCCCACGCCCUCUGUCAUCAAGUCCCAUACUCCUUCUGGGACCCCCUGUGGGACGCCUGUCCCCAGUGGUGGCUACUCCCCCUCUCCUUUUCCCAGCAUGUCCCGUUCGGCCACCCCCUCGGGUGCCCCCACGCCCACCCCCAGGAGUGUGUCUGAAUCGAUGCCUUCCUCAGGUGUGUCAAUAGGAUUACCCCCUCCAAAGGGCUAUCCUUCAGCCGAUGCCCAGGCGGCUUCCCCUUUCCCUGGGCGACCCCCUCACGCAGCCUCUCCCGCCCAAUCGGUGAUCCGUAGCUACACCCCCUCAGGUCCCCCAGCUCUGACUCCAGGUCACUCAACCCCAGGUCUUCCAGGUUUCACCGGUCUGCCUCCAGGGUCCUCCACUGCUACUCCAAGCCCCAAGCCCUCCACUCUGGCUUCCCAAGCUCCCAUGGCCAACCCAGGGGCUUUCUACAGUGAGCAGCACCUGAGCUCCCUGUCCCGGCACAGCGGCGGCAGCGGCAGCAACAGCCCGGUCCCCUCGGCCUUUAAGGGCCCCUCUCGCUCAGGGACGCCUUCCCUCAGCUCCCUGGUGAUGCCUAACUCUGCAGCCCUGGCGCGCUCGCUGGGCCUGAGCCACUCGGCUGGCUCCCCACAGGCCUCCCUCCCCAGCCCGGCGGCCAUGGCGGGGCUGCAGGGCCUGUCAGCUGCUCUCAGCUCCCAGGCCACGGGCAGCCCCGCCUCGCACUCGCUCUCCGCGGCCGCCUUCCCCGGGCUCGCCUCCUUCCCCUCCCUAUCCACCGCCUCCCCGUUCCCAGGCACCCCGCCCUCCUCCUCAGUCUCCUCCUCUGUCUCCUCCUCCUCAUCCUCCUCCUCGGCUGCCGCUGCCGCUGUCUCCGCGCCCCCUCCCGCCUCCGUCUACGCGGGCCUGCCUCACACAGCCGCUCCGACCCCGUCUCCCUUCGGCCUGGGCCUCACCACCUCCCCCUCCAUAUUCCCCGGCCUGCCCCCAGGGCCUAGCCCCGCCUUCCCCGGGUUCGGGGGCUCGGGCCCCCCCGCUGCCGGCAGUCCCGUGCUGUCCUCCUUCAUGGGGCUCCCGGGGGCCUCGUCCUCGGUGGCCACCGUGGCUCCCCUGCAGGCGGCGGCUGUGGCGGCCGCGGCAGCGGCAGGGGUCCCCUCCUCGGCCCCCGUGCUCCCCGGCUUUGCCUCCGCCUUCAGCUCCAACUUCAACCCCGCACUGGUGGCGCAGGCUGGGUUGACCAGUGGCCUCCAGCCUCCAGGGGGUGCUGCUUUUCCCGGACUGCUGUCGUUCCCCGCUAUGCCAGGCUUCUCCCCAAGUGCUUCCCCCGCAGCUCUGUCUGGCCUCCACAACCCUGCUAUGCAGUCUGCACUGUUACAGGCCCACUCUGCCUCAGCUCUGGAGAACUACCCACCUCAGCCCAACGGCUUCACCAACUACCCUCCUGCCCCGGGUACGCCCUUCGCACUGCAGCCGGGACUGCACCCUCAGCUGGGCUGGCAGUGACCCGUGGGUAACGGCAUUGGCCGAACACUUCGGCCGUUUGGAACCGAGAGACCGGCGUCUUCCCUCUGCGCGGGGUUGUGGAAGAGGGAGGCUGUUUCAUUCACAAUGGCAGGUCCAUGCCUGGUCGAUUGUCAAAACAUGAACUUCCCUGAAAGUGAAAGCAAUGGAGAAAAUGUUGACACGGUUUAAUCUUCCAUAGGGAAUGUCCAAAACCUAUUAAAAAGAAGGUUAAAAGAAAAAGAAUCAGAAAUGAGUUGAGAGAACUGUGUCAAUAUCUGAUGCCACGUCUGAGCCGUAUUCUUUUUAUUCAGUUGUAUGGUGUAGAUACAGUGAACAUCUGAUUGCCGUGACUGUGCAUUGACAUGGGUAAGAAUAUGAAACUGAAGAUCAUUGGGUUAAAUACUGAUACAGGAGAACUAACUGGCAGUGAAGAAAAUGCAUUGCACAUGAUCCAAACAAUAAAGUACUGGACGGCCAACUCUGCAUGACAGUACACGGAUUACAAAAUCGAAAUAGGGCUAAGGAACAUGUAAAUUAAGAACAACUCAAUGCGAUGUCAUUCUGUGCUUUGCAGCUUGAUAAAAUUUGGUGCAACCAGACAAGCACAAAAAUGCAGGCAACAUGCAACACCUUUUCUCCCUAAAUUGUAAUGAACAAAUUUUAUAUGAACAAUACUGUCCUUAUGAGCCAACUUGAGAGAAAUAAUUUUUGAAAAAGCGAAUUCAAACUAAAUGUCGCAACUGUUAAUACUACUUUAAUUUGUCUCAUUACAACUUGAAUAAUAAUUGUGACAUAUUAAUAACAAUUCAACUAAAUUGAUGAAUUGUUAUCCCCAAAAUCCAGAGUGGACACGUUUUUCGUAAUGUUAGUGUUAUACUGUAAUGAUGGGUAAGAAGUACUCAUUUUAACAAGGCAUCAAGGCAAUACUAUAUUUUAGUAUUAUUUUAAAUCUUUUAUAGAUGUAGUUUUCCCAGGUUACAGUGUCUUCAUGACAACAGUCUCUCCUAAUAACUGAUUGAUGUAUGUAGACUAUCUUGCUGUCUAGCUUAUUAUGCCCUGUGACUUUUAUUUCAAGCUUUUUGCUGUCCUCGCAGUCAGUUUAAAAUUUUGUUGU